GAUGGCUAAAAACUUAUGGAAUAAACUGUGGAAUUUAGAAACCAGUAUCAACUCCUCUGAUAAGAAAGAUGAAGAUCAAGAGACCAAGUUAGAAGACUUUGAAAAUGAAUAUAUAUCUGAUGAUGCAAGUGAAGAUUCAAGUAGUGAAACCAAUUAUGAAGGUUAUGAUAAUGGUAAUGAUAUUAAUAAUGAAAGUGAUUACCAGGCCAGUGAUAAUAAUUCUGAAAGUGAUUAUAGUGGCAGUGAUAUCAAUAAUGAUGAUACUGAAAGUAAUCAUAGUGAGGAUGAAGUGAUUGAAAAGGAAACACACUUUACCAUAAUAAUUAAAGGAAAAAUUAGGAUUUUAUCCAAAAAAUAG